AUGGACGCCAUCACACCAGCUAUCUUACUACUAAACCUGCCACCCUCGGCUCUGGGUGGCAUGGACCUACUCUCCUUCACCACAACGCCAAAAUUUCAAGGCAUCAAGAACAUACCUCCUGGAUUACAUUUUGUCUUCGUCGGCUCUACCAGUACUCUCUCUGUCCGCCACGGAGUGUGGAUGAGAGUAAAUUUACCAGCUUCUGGGCCUCCAGACUUUUUCAUCCGCAAAUGGGACACAAAUAGUGAGGAACUGUUGCCAGAAACAGAUACGACGACGCUCUUACAGCAGCGAGCAAAUCUCGGACGGAUCUGGAGAGAGAAUUUGACGCCGUAUCGACAAAGCGCUUCGCAGGAUUCAGUUGCCACAGAAGAAACAAAUCGCUGGGUGCAACUUACAGACUGCAUUUCUGAAUCGCUUUUGGCGCGGAUACUAGAUGUGGACGCUGAGAACUGGACACUCACAUCAUCUAGCAGCGCUAAACAAGAUUUUGACGACAUUCCAGGACUUUCUGCUUCCGAUCUUACUGGCAACGAGCGUGAGCUACGUGUUCUGCCCGUAGAUCUCAAACAAACAUGGCGUGAAGGAGCAACUGGUCGUGAACGUACGGAAGCCGCACAAGACCGUUCAUGGGCCCUUGCAGAUCUCACAUCACGCUUCUGCAACAACGACAUGAAUCAAAUCAUCGGCGAGUUGCAGUUCUGCUUCGUCAUGGUGUUGACGUUGAACAACUACUCGUGUCUGGAGCAAUGGCGCAGAAUACUCGACCUCAUCUUGACUUGUGUCAGUGCAGUCACCACACAACCAUCUUUCUUUGUGCGUGCGCUUGCAACCAUCAAGCUCCAACUCCAACACGGCCAAGACGUCGAGACUGGUCUCUUUGACCUCAGCGACGACGGCGCAACAUUCCUCAAAUCACUCCUGCUACGGUUCAAAAAAUCACUGGACAGACUACCUGGAGACGCCCACGCAGAUGUGGUAGACGAACUAGACGACCUCCUCGCCUACACACAAGAAACGCUAGGUUGGCAAAUACAACAGGGGUCUUUCGCACGCACAGGCAUGCUGAGUCUCGAAGACGGCGAAGAAGUCGAGAUGGAUAAUACAACCUACGACGAAGACGACGAGGCAGGCGAGUACGCACCUACUAUCGUCGAGUUGUCAGCUGAGCAGAUGAAACUGCUUGGUAUCGAUGAAUCUGUCCCUGCAUUCGAUGAUGAUGAAGAGGAGGAAUUGGAUCUUGAAGAUAUGGAUGCUCGAUACUGA